AUGAGUGAAGAAGUGAGAAUGAGUGAGGCAAGGAAAAAGCAACCAAGGCGUCGAAAGAGAAUCUUGGAACCUCAAGCAGGUCCAUCUUCGUCAAUACCCCUUAAUUCUCCGAUAAAAAAGAGAAAGCCGACAACUUUGUCAAUCGGCGAAAAACAAUUGAUCACAAACAUCUAUAAAUAUGUUAAAAAUACUUGGUCAGAAACAGAAUACCAAUCAAAUCAGGCUAUGGUAGCUAAGACAGCUGAAAUUAGCGGAGUGAGUGUAAGAUCCAUUUAUGGAAUUUUACGGGAGUACAAAGACACUCACAUAUUUGAACCAAAAGGUACCACAAAAAAGAAGCUGAAUGUUAUAGACAAACUGGAUAGCUUUGAAAAAACAGCUAUAAGGCAAAAAGUCCAUAGCUUUUUCAUGGAAGGUUCAUCUUCCUUAACACCUCUUAAUUCUCCGAUAAAAAAGAGAAAGCCGACAACUUUGUCAAUCGGCGAAAAACAAUUGAUCACAAACAUCUAUAAAUAUGUUAAAAAUACUUGGCCAGAAACAGAAAACCAAUCAAAUCAGACUAUGGUAGCUAAGACAGCUGAAAUUAACGGAGUGAGUGUAAGAUCCAUUUAUGGAAUUUUACGGGAGUACAAAGACACUCACACAUUUGAACCAAAAGGCACCACAAAAAAAGAAGCUGAAUGUUAUAGACAUACUGGAUAG